AGCUAGGUAUCAUGUAAAAUGGGAGAACACGAAUUCGGUUAGUUUGUAGACCAAAUAAUUGCGUCAGCACAGAACUAGAUGCUGGAUACAAGAUAAUAUCCAGUAAAAUGAUAAGGUAUCUUCCUCGUCAUACAUACAAUGUUUUGAGACGUUACCUUACCUCUCAGCAUUCCUUAGAGGUCCCAAAACCUGUGGAGAACAGAGCGGUUAACAAUAAACCUCUUUAUGACACUCUGGUUGUUAGAUCUCCAGCCAAUACAGAUAUUGAGGAUAUUUUGAACAAGAAGCAGCAGAUUUCUGUAAACGAUGAAGUGAAUUGUGGUCUUUUCGGGCUUGAUAGGACAGAUCUUGAAGAUCAUUUUACUUUAGUUACCAGUAAAUGUGACGAUUUACUCCAUCAGUUAGAAACUAGCAGUACAGAUGAAACACUAGAACUGGCAGAUGACCUGGUGAGAAACAUUGUCUCUGUUGGUGACAUGGCGCUCUUCUUAGCACAAUCUACCAGCGAUAAGAGAGACGAAGGUCGUGAACUACUGAAACAAGCUGAAGUAUACAUGAACAAGUUGAAUAACAGUUCUGUUAUCUUCUCAGCUCUUAAACGACUGGUGGAAGACACGGAAACUUGGGAACAGAUGGAGGGUGAAUCCCGGAGAGCAGUGUUGAUGUUGUUGGUGGACUGUAAAAAUAACGGCUCUGACCAGAUACCUGAGAAACACACUGAAAUACAGACCCUUAUAAAACAGGUAGGAAAAGAGGGAAUAUCGUUUGUUAAGGAGACAGUUGUUCCAGUCAGAAUUCCAAUAGAGGAAUGUCAUGAUUCUCUUCUCAGUUUACCAGAACAGGACAAUAAGAUAGUACUAUCGGAUUGGGCAGACGAGAGCACCUCUGAUGCGAUCAGAGAGCAUGCAUGGAGAAACUACUACAAACACGACCCCAAAAAAGAGGCUUUAUUACACAACCUGCUGAAAAAACGACACAAACUGGCCCAAGCUACAGGUUACAAUAACUAUGCGGAGAGGGUACUACAGGGCAGUAUGGCGGGUUCUCCUGCUGUUGUGAAAGAGUUCAUUGAAGAAACACACGAGCAGAUCAGACCAGCCGCCAGGGACGAGAUGUAUGAAAUGGAAAAGAUCAAGUACAUGCAAAGCAGUCACUUCUACAACAAAGGAUACCACGCGGUCAGUGAAGUGGUGGUCAGUCCGUGGGACACAGGAUACAUAGCAGAGGACUACAGGAAGCUGUAUAUCAAGGAGGAGUCCAGGAUAAUUGUGCCACACUUGGCGGACUUUCUGUCCGUGGGAUCAGUAGUGGAGCAGAUCGGAGUGUGGAUGGAAGAUACAUUUGGUGUGACGCUAGUCGCGGAGCAGCCUAUUAAAGGUGAACUUUGGCAUUCUGACGUCAUCAAACUAGCUGUCGAACACGAAAAGGAGGGAAUUUCAGGAUUGCUGUAUCUGGAUUUCUACACGUCAGACAAGAAGAGAUCCCCACCCUGUAAUCACGUGAUCCGGUCACGUACAAACAAGCAGCUUCCUAUCAGCGUUGUCGAGUGUAAUUACACGCUGGGUAAUGGGUACAGACCUCCCCACCUUAACGUCAGCACUUUUGAGAAACUGUUCAGGGAAUUGGGAUCUGCUAUUCAUAUCAUGCUUGGUCGAAACAAGCAUCAUCAGACAAGUGCAAGUUGUUUGUCCCCGGACAUGAAGCUGAUAUCUGGUUAUCUACAUCAGAAUCUAGCACAGAGCCCCACGGUUCUCAAUCAUAUCAUGAAACAUCAUACUAGAACCGGCGUGCUACCCAGAGUAAACCCGGUAUCAGUACAAGCAAUAACUAACGCUCAGCUAGUAUUCCGUGCCCACGAGGUUGAACAGCAACUGGCCAUGUCUGCAGUGGAUCUUAGUCUGCACACUGAUUUCCCUUUCUCGGACGGACGAAGCAGUACAGAUGUGUACUCAUGGAACUGUGAAAAGUACACGCAUUUACCCUACAUAGAGGACACUGCGCCCCAUCUCCGCUCACACCAGCUGUACACACAGGGAGGACAAGUUUACUCGCACCUUUGGUGUAAAGCGAUAGCUAACAUCCUACACAAGGAACUCUUUGUCAUAGACCCCUUCUCCAGACACGCUGGCGAGUACUUCAGGGAGCAUUUCCUUCAACACGGGGCUGGCAAGCGCCCCAGGGAAAUGGUAGAGUAUCUCACUGGAACUAAGUUGACAGCAGAUAGGCUGGCGAAUGCUCUCGUAGCUCCGAUAGAGCAUGCUUCCAAAGUUGCUGCAGGAUUCAAGGUCUUCGGAGACGGAAUGGGAGGAAAACAAUGGUGGCACCGUGACGUGUCCGGCUCCCCAGACUCAGCCCUCUUUUCCCGUCUCUCCUCCACUCACCCUCACUUAGUGGGCCCUGAGGGUAACCUCAAGGUUCCACCACCCUUCGACCGAGAAGGAAUGGUGAGGUUGAGGGAGCAGACCGGUAGGGUGGCAGUAGAGGAUGAGACCGGUAAGGUUAAUCAGCAGAUAGCAGACAGCUAGGAAGUAAUUAUACCUUAUUUGGAGAAGAAGGCUGGUCAUGGUCACGCCAUAUUUGGUUAACUGACUUCGGGACUGAUUUGAAAGAUUUGUUCAAGUUCCUUUAUUACAAUUUUUAAACGAAACGAAUUGUGUGUUGUUGAAACUUAUUACAAGUCUUAGCCCUUAGGUUAUAUUAACAUCAGGCUGUUGACGUUUCAUUCACCCGGUUUUGAUAAGCGCAGUUUUAUACUUUCAAGGUUUUUCAUGUAACUUAUUUUGUAAUUUAUUAACCCAUUCAAAAAUACCGAGAAACUUCUUAUUGAGUCGGUUGUAUUAUUUAUAGCGUCAAAAGCUAGCGAUUGAGCUGCUUGGCCCGAUCAUAAUCUGGUAUUUUGCCAGAUUAUUAUUAUACUAUCAAUAUUGGCACAGUGACUUUUUAACAACACACCUCUGUGUAUUGGUUUACAUAUGGUAUACCUGUAAAUUAUAUAUGUAAUAUGCGCGUAUGCAAUCCAUUAAUACAUCUUUAAAAUAGAUAGUUAUAGUUUGAAAUUGCAUAAUGAGUCGUAACGUGUAGUCGAGUCUUCUGUAUUUCCAUUUUAUUUGCUCCAAAUAUUCACCAUAUAUCCACUAUAUAUCCACUAUAAUACACAUGCUGUAGACUACAAGGAUCAGUGGUGGCCGGUUCAGAGACUAUUCAAUCAUCUAAUCGUUGUACUACAUAUCGCUCGUUUAGUUUUACUUAGCCUUCCCAUACGCUUAUUUGGUCAUAUAAUUUCUCUUAAGCUCUUGUUUGUAACUUGCAUUC